AUGACGUUCAGAUUCGAGCCUGGCAAAUUCGGGUCCAAGCUAGGGACAACACCGAGAAAAAAUAACGAAGAUUUUAAACCCGAUUCGGCAACUCACACUCCUUUUGCGCAGCUCGAUAUUGACACCCUGAGAAAAUUUCAACAGCAAAUGGCCUGCCAAAGCUGCCGGUACCAAGCCCGGCUUCUAGCCCGGAGCCUUCGAGCGACCGCGGACCUCUCGAGCACAUCAUCCAAGAGCUCCCUUGCCGGCCGGACGGCAAUAGCUUCCGCUGCUUCCACGACACAAACGACAAGUCCGAUAGCGGCGACGGGCAGGAGAUACUUCAGCCAAUCCACUUCCCGACGAAAUGAUAGCAACUCGAGCUUCAAGCAGGCCGUGAGGGCCGGCAUGCUUGCCGCGGCGCCCAAGACAAUGGCCGCGUCGCUGACAACCUCCCGCCUCGAGGCCCUGUACGAGUCCUGCUCGAAACCCGCGCUCUACACCAUCUCCGAAGAGGACCGUCGCCGCGAGACCGUCCGCAUGACGGAGGACGGCGAGGAGGUUGGCGUAGCCGAAGGACCUUGGCUCGAACUUCUCGACCUGCAACCCUCCUUCAGCUCCUGGUCCCAGACCACGAUGUUGCACAUGUACCUCGUGCUCGCCCGUCUCCGCUGCCUCGAACGCGACGCCGCACAGGCUCUCCAGCACCAGUUCAUCGACCAGUUCUUCUUCGAUUGCGAGCGCAUGAUGCACCUUAACCACGGCAUGACCUCUUCCGCCCUGCGCCAGCGCUACCUCAAGGAGAUCUUUGUCCAGUGGCGCGGGCUGAUCGCGGCCUACGACGAGGGCGUCAUCAAGGACGACCGCGUCCUGGGUGCUGCCGUCUGGCGAAACCUGUUCAAGUCGCGCGAGGGCGCCGACAUGCGACAGAUCGCGGCCGUCGUGGCUUAUAUCCGCGCCAGCUUGCGUGAUCUCGAGGCCGGCGCCGUGGAGGACCUACUGGUGAGCCCCCGCCGGGUGUUCAAGCGGGACCUGCGUGACAUGUUCAAGCUUGUCGACGCGUUCGGACCUCAGCUGCAAGGUGACUUUGAAAAGUUGGGUGCCAAGGGCGAGGAGUUGCCCCCGCCGGAGCCGGUUUCUGUCAGGCAGGGCUCGCUGUACGAAGAGAUUGAGGCGGUGGAGGAGACGGCUGCGAAGGCACCCGGGCCGUAA